CUUGCUUCACCAGUUACAAGCCCAUUGAUUGUCUCUGUCCUACAAUUGUCUGCCAAAAGAUUGGCUACGCGAAAGCAUUUCAAGCUCCUUCGGCAGCAAAACUUCCUGGCUUAGGAAAAUAUUCUUGUCGAAGGCGUCACGUAUCCCCGCGCCAAUAUUUACAGUACGUGGGGCCGGCAUCCUACGAAUACAAUGUGCAUGUCAGUCUCAUAAGCAUUCAAGAUGCCAGGCUUCUCUCUGGAUGAUGAUGACCGAGGGUCUAACAAUAGCUCGGACAAUGAGCAGGAUGAAUUGAUGGAAGAUGCAGAAGAUAUCGAACCGGAUCCAGACCAAGAUGCAGAUGCGGAUGGUGAUGGAGACGACGACGAGAAUGACGAGGAUAAUGGAGAUGAGGAUCAAGACGGAGGAGACGACGAGGAUGAUGGCCCCGAACCUUCAAAUCGAACUCGAAGACCUAGCCUUCCUACAACCAAUACAAGUUCAGACGAUACUCCUAUAAUGAGUCAAGUCAAUGGCGCUGGGCCUACAUCACAUCCUAGACCAGUUGUUACUCGAACAUCUGCCUCUCCUCGACAACCAUCCGCACCUCUGCCUUCCCCCAAGAUGCGAUACGAAGUAAGGCCUGAAGCCCUUACUGCGUCCGAAUAUGAUAUUGUACCUACAAUGGCAGCCCCGCAGAGUACCUCUAUAAAUGCAAUCACAGCCACUCCAGAUAUGAGAUAUUGGUUCACUGGAGGAUCAGAUUGCUACAUAAGGAAAUACGAUGGAGUUGCAACAGUCAAUGGGAAGACACUUUUGACUGUAGCUCAACGACAUCCCUUCGUGGAUAGUGUGGUCAAAGCUGGUGUUCUGAUGAGCUAUUGGGAUAAUGAGGAACCGAAUUCGAAGGUUCAGGGCGAAGAUCCACCACUUUCACCAGUUUAUUCGUUAGCUGUACAAUCGCAGGCGUUGUGGAUGCUCUCUGGACUGGAAUCAGGAUGCAUCAACCUAUACUCCGUACGACACGAUGAAGGGAAGCGAAUAAACUUCUUGCACAAGCAUAAGUCUGCGGUCUCAGUUCUCACGUUGGCCCAGGACGAGAAGUCUGUUUUGUCUGGAAGUUGGGAUAAGAAUGUGUUUGAUUGGGAUCUCAAUACUGGACAAAUCAAGAGAUCAUUUGAAGGAAGUGGAAGUCAAAUAUCUGCGAUUGAGAUACGGCCAGCUUCGAGUUUACCAGUGCCAGAAGAAUCGGGAGACCCAGUACCGAUGAAUGGGACAUUUUCAAGUAAUAACGAUAGUAAACCCCUUCUGAACGGGCUAUCGAAUGGAAAUCAUACCAAUGGAGAAGAAGGCAAUGAAGAUGCUCCAGGAUCUCCCACGGACUCUUUAUUUGGAGGAGGAAGUGACAACAAUUCUUUGUUUGGAGAGACUGCUGGAGAUGGUGCACCUUCUGGGGGUGUAUUUGGCGACGAUGAUGAUGAGUUCUCGAAAGCCAUUGAGUCAAGUCUCGACAAUCAAGACCAUAUUGAUGCGCAGGGAGACCUCACUAUGGGAGAUGCCCCAGCAGACAACGAAUCAGCUCCAGCUGUGCAACAACCAGAAAGCCAGAUGAAUGGCACAAAGGCUGAACCUUCUACACAAUCCAAUGGAUCUACCCAAAAAGCUCCAGAAACGACAACUAUUGUUGCUGAAACACAAGACGCUGUUGCAACCUCUGAUUCUACCUUUCUAGCAGCUUCGAUCGACGGUACUCUUCAGAUCUGGGAUAGACGGCAGCCGAAUCCUGUUGCGAGAAUACCUACAAGGACCGGUGUGCCUCCAUGGUGCAUGGCUGCAUGUUGGUCUCCAGAUGGCAACUUCAUUUAUGCUGGGCGAAGAAAUGGAACGGUUGAAGAAUUUAGUUUACAUAAAGGUUUGAAGAACGCAGAGAGGACUUUCAAAUUUCCUCAAGGUAGUGGUGCUGUUAGUGCUCUUCGGGCAAUGCCCAAUGGGCGGCAUUUGAUAUGUGCUUCACAUGAUAUUCUUCGUCUCUAUGAUCUCAAGGCCCCUCAAACGAACAAGCAUUCAACUGUACCAUUCCUCAUUGUUCCUGGUCCGCCGAGAGCAGGAGUCAUCAGCGCUUUGCAUGUUGAUCCGACUUGCAAAUACAUGCUUUCUGCAGCUGGAAAUCGAGGAUGGGAGGGAAGCACGACCGAAGUACUUAUUGGAUACGAGAUUGGAGUUUCGCCUUGAGAGAUGAUCACGAAUCACAGCAAAAAUGAAGGCUGGCAUCAAUAUCCAUCGCGCAACGACUCUCAUACCUUUUACCCCGCUCGUCGGUGGUCUGUAGAACAAACUCUACAAUGAAGGAACAAUCAACGAGCCGAGCGAUCCUGGGGCAUCCGAAUAGCACUCUUCUGGUGCAAAUGCGUCUGAGCGACAUGUCGGUACGUAGCGAGCUGGACGGCAGAGCUCUUGUGAAUGUACAGCUGCAAAAUCAGACCACACAGCCAAUACAGAGGAGUUUGACUGCCACCCGGUGGAGCAGCGUGUACGCGUUGUAGGAUAAAGUGGAAAAUGGCGAUGGGCAUAGCAUCCAGCUAUAUGAUUUUGGAGUUGAAGGUGCAAGGUUCUGGAUAGCCAAUGUCACUUGUCUGACGAACGUACGGUCUAUCAUAUCUAUUUCCAAUCUC